CUGCCGCCCACGAACCCCGUCUCUUCGGAUGAGUUGAUCACCUGUAAGCAUUUCCAUCGCCUUGCUGCAUGUCGAACAACAUCGACACAUUAGUCUGCUCCAGCACAAUUCGCCCGGACAGAGAUGAUUACGGCGAUGGCUGACUUCCUUUCGCCAUGCUGUAAUGGCUACGAAUAGCACUGAUGCGCAGGGAAAAGCACCUCGCGCCAGUCAGAGCCAGGAAGAGGUUCCCAAGGUCGCACGCGCAUCAAGGAUUUCCCGAGCCUGCGUCAGGUGUCGGGCGAGAAAAGAUCGAUGCGAUGGCGUCCAACCUCAGUGUUCGAACUGCGUCACGGCGGGACAGCCAUGCUUGUAUCUCGCAGCAAACAAGAAGAGGGGGCUUCCUGAAGGAUACGUGCGAGGACUGGAGAAAUUAUGGGCCAUUGUCAUGCAGACCGUCGAAGGCCUAGAAGAUGCCACGCAACGAAUAAUCGCCGAAAACGAGGAUGAGCUCUUGCGACUAUGGAAUCAUCACAGACAUGGCGAGGAUCUACACAAGACCUGGAAAGAAUCAACCGUGCUCUCAGAGCUGGAAAGAUUGUUAUCCAGGCUGGAAGAGCAUCAAUCAUCCAACCUCAAACGAAAAAGGGAUAGGGAGGACAAUGAAGAGAACGACAGCUCUUCCCUCAGCAUGCCUCCUAACCUUGGUUCUGUUGGUUCUGCAGCCUUGACACCUCGGUUUCGAACUGUAGAGUCAUCCGACGAUGCUCCAUAUGCUGAUGUGCAAGAGUCAGCCCCUCCACAUAUGUUUGCGCAAGGUCUUCCAGGCCAACGGUUAUCGACAGGAGCGGAUGCGGAACUCUCGCGCCUCCCAGAUGCGAUGUCAAGCUUGCUCACUCACUACUUCACUUACACACAUUGCUGGUUUCCUAUCUUGGACAGAGCACACACUCUCAAAAAGUUCUAUGAACAUACACGAUCUCAUAAUCCAACCCCUGCAGGAAAUUCAGAUCUUGCCUACCUGUGGGCAAUAUGUGCCUAUUGUACACAACAGAGAAGCUCUCUGGCGGACAGAGAUGCCGACGUCGACACGAUGCGUAGGAAGGCACGCCGUUGCAUACCGUCGGACGAUGGCCCUUUCGCGCUCGGUCAUACGCAGGCUCUCGUGAUUCUUGUGUUGCUUGAGAUCGGCAUGGGCAAUUGGACUUCCGCCUGGAUCCUCAUAGGCCUCGCUGUCAGGGCUUUACUGGAUGUGAUCGAUUCUGGGGGAAUGUUACAAGCAAAGCAGUCCACCGAGCCAGCGCGCGAGCAGAGUUGGACAGGCACUUUCCAGGCAUGCUUCAUCUUGGACACAUUGAUAUGCAUGCGACUGAGACGGCCGGCUCACUUGCGCAAAGAACACCUUGAGCCUGGGCAGCUGCUCGCAGAAGACGGUCUUGAGGAGUGGGGCCCUUGGAAUGGGGAUACAAUCGACUUACCUGUGGAUCCUGAGCCUGCGUUCAUCAAGAGCUGUUUCAAUAGACUGACGGAAACUUUCAUGCUUGCAAACGAUGUGUUACCGGCGGAAAGAGUGGCUGGCCUACAGCGGCUCAGCGACGCCUACCCUUUCCAAAUCUCGGAGAUCAAAAGGCGAGCACCCCAUCAUAUGGUCCUGCAAGCUAGUUACUUCGUGGUGGUGGCGAUCUCCUCGAGUCCCGAAACACGAGCGAAGCUCACCGCCCAAUUCGUCCGGUCACUGGAUGUGUUUCACAAUGCGUGGUCAGAAGCGGCUGGUAUUCCAGCAAUUCUCACAGCAUUGUUUCACACAAUCAACGUUGCGUUAGAUAUUCCUAGGGCGGUUCAAUCACUUUAUUCAUCUAGGCGACAUGAUGAAGUCCUCCCCAGGCUAGCGAUGAUCUGGCCUGGCUUCAAGCCGUUUGAAGAGGAUGUCACCAGCGGAUCCCAGCGGUCGGCGGCCAGUGCUGGCGUGAGCCUUGAUGACUCUGUUCCGAAUCGAGGCCAACAACCACAAUACCACCUGUCCCUCCCUUUCCCAUCGACAGGUGGAGCCCUGUACUACGACAAGGUGGAUGCGCCAAUUGUGGCGUCGAAUGCGGGAGAUCUCCAAGCAGGUGAAUUCCACGACCUUUCGGCUUAUAGGGCCAUGGAUCCACUGCUGCACCAUCCGCCAGUGGUAGUUGACUACGGAUUCGUGAAUGCUGAGGUACCAGAUCAGCCGCAGCCAGCUAAUGCCAACUGGGCAAAUUCGAGUAUGCGACAGGGCACCGUGGUCGGAACGGCAACCUCUCCGAGCUUUGAUGGGGAUGAAAUCGACGCAUUAUUUGAUGAGAUGGCCCAACUCGACACAACUGAAUGGUCUACUGAUAGGAUGCAAGGGCUCAGAGAUUUCGGAUUUGCAGACGAGAGCACUUUUGAAGCUUUCUGCAACGAUCCGGACCGUCUCAUACUAUCAAACGGCUAUGCCGCUCCGACAUUUGGAUAUCGCACCAACACGUUCGCCCACGAUGCGCAAGCUACAAUCUCCACGGAACUGGACAAUCAAAUACCUGACACAAUCUCCCAAAUGAACCCAUUCGAAAUCCCGAACAAUAAUUGGCGACCGCAAAGCUGAGGCACAUCGUUUGAUCAUUACCACUGGUGAUACAACUACAUUUCCGUGCAGGAUCUCGCGCAGAAACAAUU